UAUUUCAGACAUUAGCAUGAUAAUUACNUGCUUUCUGGCUAAGGCAAAUAAGGUACCUAUAGAGUGAUCAACAUUUGAAGGUAGUUAUUUAUUUGCUUAAACAUAUUGUUACUGUCGAAACUGGUUUUACCAUUUAUAUUGUCUCCUGCUCUCAAACACAAGCAACCACAAGACUGAUAAUUUAAAUUCUUGGUCAUGAUAACUGGUUGGUAAUAACAAUUAUUUUUCCUAUUCUAUUGUUGAGUUGUUCUUUCCUUUUCCUACUCCCACAGCCUAGAAAAAUGUGAGGAAUAAUAUGUAGUUUGCUUUUUUAUUUUGUAGCACUAGCUGUUAUUGUUUCUGAAUCUGAGUGAUUUUUCUAGUUUAUGCUGAGUUUCUGAAUAUGAAAUGCAAGAUGAGGCAAGUGUGAUUCGUAUACGUAAACACAAGAAAUCAAUCAGUGCAUUUGCCAUUCCCAAGAAAAUGAAGCUCCAUUUCCAAGUCUCAUCAAUACUCCUGCUAGCAUAUUCCUUUCUGCACCUUGUCACCUCUGAUCUCGAAUCAGACUCGACUGCCCUUUUCGACUUUGCCAACACCGUCAAACACGCGCGGAAGCUCAACUGGAACCAAUCAAUCUCAGUGUGCACCUCAUGGAUCGGCAUCACUUGCACACAGGACAAAACCCGGGUGAACGAAAUCCAUCUUCCUGGUUUUGGGCUGUACGGCCCUCUCCCACCCAACACCCUCAGCCGCCUAAAUGCUCUUCGGGUCCUUAGCCUGCGUUCCAACUACCUAAAUGGGACACUACCUCCCGACCUUCUCUCGCUGCCUUCACUCGAGUUCAUCUUCCUUCAGAAUAACAACUUCUCGGGCGAGCUUCCUCUGUCUCUCCCCUCCAAGCUGAGAGUGAUGGAUCUUUCUUUCAAUUCUUUCAGUGGUGAGAUCCCUUUGGUGCUUGGGAACUUGACGAGGCUGUCCGUGUUAAACCUUCAGUCUAACUCGUUUCACGGGAAUAUACCGAAUCUGGACCUCCAUAGAGUUAAAGUCUUCAACUUGAGCUGUAACUCCUUGAGUGGCGCGAUCCCGGAUUCCCUUAGAAACUUCCCGGCUUCAUCGUUUGCAGGGAACGAGCGUCUAUGUGGGGCCCCUUUGAAUUCUUGCUCCCCCGCGUCUGCUUUUCCUUCUCAUGAAAGCUCUAAUUACGGAUCGAGAAAGAUGCUGAGCUUGGGAGCCCUUGCUGGAGCUUGUGUUGUGAUCCUCAUAUUCUCGGCAAUAGUGUACUUGUGGUUGAAGAGGAAAAGCGAUGGGAAAACCACAGUGAUCAUAGCUAAGAAUGCAAGCGUGGGGGUGAAUAACUUGAAAUCGGAUGACUUUGGGAGUGGGGUGCAGGGAGGUGAGAAGAACAAACUCGUGUUUUUUGAGGGGUGCUCGUAUAGCUUUGACCUGGAGGACCUGCUGAGGGCCUCUGCUGAGGUUCUCGGGAAAGGGAAUCAUGGGACAACUUAUAAAGCCAUUCUGGACGAGUCAACUACUGUUGUGGUUAAGAGGUUGAAGGAUGUGGGGAUUGGGAAAAAGGAGUUUGAGCAGCAGAUGGAGAGCGUGAGUGGGGUCAGCCAGCACCCUAAUGUGGUUUCGCUGCUCGCAUAUUAUUUCUCCAAGGACGAGAAGCUUCUGGUUUACCCGUACAUGGUUGGAGGAAGCUUAUACGCAGCAUUGCACGACAAGAGAGGCAAGAGAGGGAGAGGGGUGGAGUGGGAGUGGAGGCUGAAGAUGGCCGUGAGCGCAGCCCGUGGGAUUGCUCACAUCCACGCGCAGCAGGCUGCGCACGGGAACAUCAAGUCCUCAAACAUACUACUCCUCAGCCUGGAGGAAGCCUGCAUAUCCGACUUGAUGAUGAGCUUCAACGACCAAAAGUCGGACGUGUACAGCUUUGGCCUCGUCCUGCUCGAGAUGCUCACAGGAAAAUCACCGCUACACUGCUCCGAUCUGCCGAGGUGGGUUCGCUCCGUGGUUCGGGAGGAGUGGACCGCAGAGGUUUUUGAUGCCGAGCUCACAAAGGGGAAUUAUAAGUAUGUGGAGGAGGAGAUGGUGCAGCUGCUUCAGAUUGGGCUGUCGUGCGUAGCCAAGGUGGCCGACAUGAGACCCCGCAUGGACCAGGUUGUUCGGAUGAUCCAAGAUGUUAACCGCGACACGCCUUGAUUCAUAAUUCACAACAAGUGUAUUUUUAAUUUUUUUUUUAUUUUUUUUAUUU